AUGCAGCUUCUGGAUGUACAGCCAUACGAGACGGCUUUGCAACGAUUGCUGCGCGCCGGAGUCUGCAGUGACGAUCAGUUGCACGAUUAUCAUCUCUCUCAGGCCUUCCGUAGCUUGGCAUAUGCUGUGAACCGUGCGUCUCUCUCCGUUGCUGCUCUGCUGCCCUCGCACGGCCCUCAAAUAUCCAAUGAAGCACCGCUUUCACCCCCGUCGCCCGGUCUAACAUCCUCAUCCACAACCAAUGCGGGUGCAACAGGCGGUGCAGUCGUACUGUUUCGCAUGUGUACAUGUGCGUUGGCCUCCCAGGCGAGUUUAAGAACGCUGAUAUACGUAUCCACACGUUUACUGUGCGAUGAGGCUUCGGCAUUUGGUGAGGGGAAUGAACGGCCGUGUUGCACAACAGCAUGGGUCGAGGCACUUUGUUCCCCUGGUGUCAGAAGAUCAUUCCUACACAAACAAAUGGGUGUUCAUCGUCGUCUCACGUUGGGCUAUUUGCUUCUUCUUUCCGGUACAGUCCGCGCUGUGACUCAUGGCUGUGCCAAGGGCAAGCGACUUCAUAGCCAUUUUGUGCAAUUUGCCCAACAAUUACUGGCUGACGUGGUGCCGUGUGUGGCACUGAUAGCGGACACAAGAGAGGCCACGACACUGGCAGACGCUGCUUUUGUAGACGGUGAUGACGCAUCAUUACGGGAUGGGACAAAAAAAGAGUUGCACGUGCCUUCACUUAUGACAGUGGAGGCGAACAAUACACUGCUGCAUUUAUUUCAUGGGAUUGCGCUGGAUGUAUUGGAGGUUCAUCAACAUGAUGAGAAGCAGACAACGACUAGUCGUCGUGCGGUGUUGGAUCGUGAUGCUCCGUCCCGUAUUUGGUCUGUGGUGUCUAUUUUACAGAGGGCAUUACUCCGUGCGCUUGAAUGGGUUCAGAGUGAAAUUAUUUGGGAAAUGAGUUCCAUCAACUCUGUGGAUCCUUCAACGAAAACGCAGGCGGUGAAUGAGACCUUCGCAUUGGUCAGAAUUGCUCUUGAAGAUGGAUUCGCACAACUGAUUAAAAAACAAGAAACACUUGAAUGCUCUCGGCGAGCUGUUGAAAAGCAGUUUGGGCAAAAUUCAAAAGACUAUCACGCCAUCAGUGGCAUGAUGUGGACAAACACGUUGCGACUUUUCUUUUUUUGUCGGAGCUUAUCAAAUGCGUGGACAUACAUUUACGGCGGCCUUGGUGAAAUGGGGGUGCAACACACCGAUGAACAAAUACUCGCUCUUAUUGCUUCCUUUGUGUCUUCUGUGCCAUCAUUUGAGGGAGAAGAAAAGGAGCAUGACGUGUUUCUUGCCGCCACAAUGCUUCUUUCAGGAGCGCUUGCGGCUGUAGCGGCGGCCCCUGCUCCAUCGAUGCAAGCUGCACUUUGGUUCAGUGAAUUGAAUUUAACCCAACAAAUUCAUAAUACGAUUGUUCAACGAGGACUUCGAUACCGGGACGAGAAUGUGCAAAAGUUGAGCGCCUUGCUGUCGCGGCUAAUAUUGUACAGCUCAUCUAAUAACUCCGCCUUUCGCAUUAUUGCCGACUCUCCCGAUCAACUGUUGGAACUUCUUUCGAAUGGCCGCGAUGGGGCGUCGCAGUGCGUCAUUGGGGUUAUGAUACGUGCGGCCGUUGAGCGACCCCAUUCCAUUCUUCCUUCACUUUUUCGCUUGCUGCAGCAUGGGGACACCAACACGAGACGCAAUGUUCUGGAUGUACUCUCCGCGCUUCCAAAGGCCUCCGAUGACUCUGCAUACGGAGGAGCCAUUGCACCCGAGCGGAUGCGGCCUGUAUUGC